UGGGCCGUUGGUCGCUUAGUUCUCCUCCGCGAGAUAUGGCAGAGACUGUGGUGGACACGCGCCGGCUGCAUAGUAAGCCGCAGAACCUGAACGACGCUUACGGGCCGCCCAGCAAUUUCCUGGAGAUCGAGGUGUGCAGCCCUCACACGGUGGGAGUGGGCCGGAACCGGUAUACUACCUACGAGACAAACCUUCCCAUUUUUAAAUUGAAAGAGUCUUGUGUCCGCAGAAGAUACAGUGACUUUGAGUGGCUAAGAAGUGAGCUUGAAAGGGAGAGUAAGGUGGUUGUGCCAGCUUUACCUGGGAAGGCUCUCUUUCGUCAGCUUCCAUUCAGAGGAGAUGAAGGAAUCUUUGAUGACUCUUUCAUAGAGGAAAGAAAGCAAGGGCUUGAACAAUUUAUAAACAAGGUUGCCGGCCACCCUUUGGCACAGAAUGAACGGUGCCUUCACAUGUUUUUACAGGAUGAAAUCAUAGACAAGAGCUACACACCGUCCAAAAUAAGACAUGCUUAACCACUGGAAAAUAAGUGAAAUUUUAUGACUCUAAAUAUUAUUUUAUGAAUAUCGUCGGCAUGUUACCUUUUGCUGUAAUAAGUAACAUACUAACAACUUUAUUACUUUAAAUCGUUGCUUUUUCUUUCCACUCUGGGAUCCAGUUCACUUGCUGCGAAAGUAAAUAAUUAAAUACACUUAAUCGCAAGGUGCUUUGUGGCAAGGGCUCUAAAAAGUGUGAUUUAAACUGUAAUGUUCUCGCACUGUACCUUUUAUGUACUCUGAACCAAAUUUCACACCAGUCGAUCUCACUAUUAAGAUGUCCUUGAAUAUCUCAAAUUUGAACUGUGAUCAGCCAUGCAUUCACAAAAGUUUGCAUAUUUCCACAUGUAUAUGGAAGGCAAUUCUUGGUCCAUAGAAAGACAGCAGUGUUAACUGAGUUGUAUUCAGUUGUGUUCAGGUCUUCCAGAGAGAGCCUAACUAUGGGCUUCACCAUUUCUCACCGUUUGGUAAUAAGAAGAACUUUGGAGCUUUUAUGUCAUUAGCCUCUCUGAGUCCGCUUACGUCAGACAUUCUGCAGUGUUGUUUGCCUGUCAUUUCUCCUGUACUCUGGUAAUGGGUAGAAUAAUGUCUUGUCUUGUCCCCCCAUCUCCUUGUGUUUCCUGAUGCUUAUUGAGAGCUAUUUUGUCAUUUUUCAAGUGGCUGGUAAUUUAAUUUUUGCCUUUUUACAGUUGAGGACAAUGAAAUGGUGUUUGUUUUGAGGACCAAGAUUACUUCUCAUUAAUCACUGGUUUGAUUGUAACUGUUGCUCACUGUAGUUGCCUUUUUAUGUUCUUGCCACAAAAGCUUUUCACCUUGGCAGUUAAGCUACUUGUGGGAUUGCUGUUUUUUUUUUUUUAUUAAGUUGAGAAAUCUAAAAUACACUUCUCCGUUCAUAUACUUGUAUUGUUUAAUUCGUAUCUGUCUAGCAAUAGUUUGGCAGCUAACUGGCACUAACUUUGAAUCUCACUCAAGUUUUUCUGCUGCGUUAUCGUCCUAUUACAUUUACUAUGCGGACACCUGCUACUCUGUACUUUGUAUCUUUAAUGUGUAAUGUCUACACAUUAAUAUACUUCAAUGCUUGCAAAAGACUUUAUUAAAAAUUGUUACAUGGAAAUUACUUUAUACAAGUAUAAAAAAAACCUUUAUAUGA